AAUGAAUCUUAAAUAGAGUUUGUACAUUCUCAGUGUUUAGGCUUUAGAGGCAUUAAGUUAAGAGUCUUUUUUAUGAAUUUAAUUAGGUAAAGCAAAACAGGCAGUUUGACUCACUUUCCAAAUGUAUUGAAAUACAGUUAAAACUGAAUCAUAAUCGAGAUUUGAGGAGGUGUUUCGGGGAUUUUUUGUUUGGCAAACCAGAAUUUACGGGCCUUUCAACACCACUACGGCAUGGUAAACCAACAGAGCGAAGCUUGACAAAGACUGAGAGAGUGAAGGAGGGUAAAGAGGCGAUAGGGAAAGGGUGUAAACAAAAAAAGAAGAAAUGAGCAAUAGUAAGAUGAAAGAAAAAUGAUGAGCGACUAGGUAUUAGGCUCUUGCAUCAUUUGCAUUCUGUGUUUUACCUUGAAUUGUUAUUUGUCAUUAAAAUUAGCCCUCCCUCUUGGGCUUUCUUAUUUAAAAUUUAUAAUACGUAUGUGAAUCAUCAUCUUACAUCAUCUUAAAAAAGAAAGAAACUAUACUCUGUGGUCACAAAAAUGGGUCAGAUUAUAAAAUUCCUGAUGAACUUACAUAAAGAUGUGUUCUAGGGUGUUCCAUCCGUGUUCCUUUAGAUAAUUUGAUUUCUUUGCCGAAUUAUUUGAGUUUAUUAGAAUUCAGAUUUAUUACAAUCAUUAGAAUUAAGGUUAGUCCUCUACAAAAUGCUCAGACACCCAGCAUGUGCAUCCCAUUAAAAACCUCAACAUUACAGCCAUCUAAACAGGAAGUAAGGUAAAGAAAUAAUCACUCUGUCAUCUUGUUUUUAUGCUGCAGUGCUUAGUGCGUUGGUUCCACAAAAAGCAGAGGAACAGUUUGUAUAAAAAUUAACACAGAUAAAAUUACUCACGACACUACAUCACUAUUUCUCGCCCUCGUUUAUUAUGCCACUCACUGUGCUAACACCCACUUAUUACAGUCUACGUGGCUUUUUUGCUCAAGUUUAAGAUUUUUUUUUUCUUAGUCUUCCUUUGAAGUGAGGAAGCGGAGCAGUGUGCAGAGAGCAACAUUCAAGAUGUGGAGAUGCACUGUAUGGAGAGACUGAGUUAGACAGAGAUGAUGGGGGAGGAGAAAUGAAAAAAGGAUAGUUUUAACACCUCUGCCUGUUUCCUUUCGCUUCAUUUGGAUGUGUUGCUUGCUCUAUACAUUGCUUUGUGUGUUUUUCAGCUAAGUUACUGAUGGACCACCUAUUGCUGCUGGUGCUCAUGCCGGCUGUUCUCGCUGGCGAAUCAAUUAUUGGAAACGGGACUACCACUGAAUCCACUCCUGCUCAUAAUGUUACUAGUUCCAUACCUACAUGUGCACCCACAAUCACCAAUAAGCCCAAUAUUGCGGCACCGCCGCCUGCAGUGGGCAGGAUAAAGGUGAAAUGGUUGAAGGACAACCAGUGUCAGGGCUUCAUAUACUUCUCCUUAAAUUAUACACGACCUGAGAAGUAUCUUUGUUUCAAUACUGAUUAUAUUAUAAAAUCCAAUUUGGGUUAUGAGUUAUGUGAGGAGAGGAGAUGUGGAGAGUUCCUUGGCUUCAAGUCCCAGAAGCCCCAGAAGCCCCAGGAGUGGCAAGGUUAUACGAUCUAUGAAAACCUAACUGGUUCCGAUGAAAAAGCAUGCACUGGAAUAUACGUUACCUGCAAAGAUGUAGAAAGCAAAGAACUGGUGGUCUAUAAAGUAAUAACAGGCUUGUUACUGACACUGAUCCUUGCCAUCCUUCUCUGUCGAUUUGCACAGCCAACGUACAUAGCUGUCCGCAAGAGAUUUUCACAGAAGCAGCAGAAUCGUUGGAUCGGCCCAACACAGAGCCAGAGUGUGUCCUACCAUAGAGGGAAGGCUGGUAAUCCCAAUAACAAUACAACGAAGAGGCAGUCCUAUCCUGGUUUGGAAAGACUUUCGGUAAAUCCCAGCAGAGAGCCUUCGUCGAACAGGAACAGUGACUACGACUCAUAUGGCGGUUAAACUCCUCUCGUACAGUGUAGGAGUUUGUGAAAAUAUUUCUUUUGAAGGCUCUGAUGUUGUGUGAAGAUCAACAUGGUAAUCGUAACAGCCGGUCUGAUAUUAAAUUUUGGCAAACAAAAUAAUGUAUAUUUCAUAGUGUUAGCCAGACUUUUACUUCAUCUGCACCCACAUGUUCUAUCACUAUUAAUUCAUGAAUUCAUAAAUUUGCUACCAAUUUAUAUGUUUUCACUUUUGUUAUAACACAUAAAUUUAUAAUCUUUCUGAUAAACUAGUCCCACAGGGCAUACUAAAUAGUUUAUUUAUUGGUUUGCUUUUUUGACCUGAGAUUGAUUCAUAAACCUAACAAAAUUGUUCUUUAUUUGCUUGUUCUUGCUCUGAAUAAUUAAUAGUCUAUUAUAUUGUCUCUUAUUGUUAUAUUGUUUAGAUUGUAUCUAUUUUGAUUUUAAUUAAUGCAUUCUGUUGUAGAGAUUGAAUAUGUAAUGUGAUACAGUUUUAAUGAAGUGCUUAAAUAACUAUUUGGUAAUGCUUUACUUUAAGGUUUCUGUAACUAGCAUUAUUUACUGCAUUGGUUAACAUAAACAAACUAUGAACGCCAGCAUUAAUAAACCAUAAGUACUGUGUAUUGAUUGAUUUUGUUAAAUUGUUAACGAAGUACACCUGUAUUUACUGUUUCUUCAAAAUAAGAAAGAAAAAUAAGUCCACAUAUAUUAGUAAAAAUGAAAUGAUAGCAUGAUGCUAUGUGCUGUCAGCUUCCUGAACUCUGGCCUCCAGGUGUAAAUACUGGAACUUGCUUUUCAGCCUCAGUUCUCAAUUUGACCAGUUAUCAAACACGAACAUGUUAACUAAGGUGUUGGUUCAUUUUGUUCAGUGUGGGAUUCAUUUUACACCCUGAUGGUAUGAACAUUGAUUUAUUCAGGUGUUGAAUAUUUGGCUUAUUUAGUAUUUGAUUUAUUAAGUGUUAGUUAUUUUAGUAAUUAAUAUUGGUUUAUUCACUAAUGUGUUACAUAAUGUCAGUUAAGUGGAUCUAAAUGUAAAGCGUUACUAUUAUUUCUUUUAUUUAAUAAAUAAAGCUUGAUGAAUCUUUGUCUCUCUCACUCUGUGUGUGUGUGUGUGUGUGACUGUGUGUGUUAGAGCAUGAUUCCCAUUGUGUGAAUUCGGGUGGAGGUAGAGAGAGAGGGGGAGU